UUGAAUAAAAAUUGUGUAUAUAAGUGUAUGUUGUAUUGCCUGAGAAAGGGGCAUGUGGGCUGUAUCAUCACUGAAGCAGUCAAGUACAACAAGUUCCUGUUGCCUAGAGUGGACCCACAGGGGAAUGUGGCUCCAGAAAAGGGAGGACUUCCUGCCAUACCUGUUUUGGAGCCCCCUCCCCUGGUGUGUGACCAGGUAGGUGGGCGUGGCCCUAGCAGACCCUUUAAAAGGCCUGAGCACAUGGCCAUCUCCCCUUUCUCCUUGAGGACUUCUCCCUUGGACCUCCUCUUCUGGCUCUUCUCCAGCAGCACAUGGUUUAUCCUUACAGAGGGUAGAAGCCACAAGGUAGUUUCCUGCCCUCCAGAGUGAAGGCGGUGUUUCCAGAGUGACAUCAGGAUCUUGGCCAAUCAGCCUCUUCGGACGCCGAAAGUUCCCUUCUCUAGGAUGGCACAUCUGGGAAUGGCAAAGAGAAAGUGGCAGCCAGAAGAUGAAGCCAAAGACGCCUGUGCCUCUGAAGAAAGUUGCAAGAAGACCACCUGGGCCACAGCCAGGAUGACGAUGCCUGAUACUUGCAAGGAGCAAGACCUGUGCAUUUUCUAUGGGGAACCCAUCAGGCAAAAGCCCAUCUUCCACAAGAGAACGAAGGGUCAGCAAAAAGCCCACCCAGUCGAGGAGGAGGAGGAGAAGGAACCCCUUCCUCAUGGAGGAAGUUGCAGAUCCCCCUGGGAUAUCCCAGUGCAGACAAUUCCUGAUGCUGCUAAGGAGCAGGAUGUGUGCAUUGUGGGUGAGGAAAACAUCUGGCAGUUCCCCAAAACUGGCGAGAGAAUGGCGUGUUUGCAGAAAUUCAGCUCAGGGGAGGGUCCAGUUUACAGCAAAGGAGACUCCAGUGUCCCCAGUGAACCUCCAGCCCAGACCAUUGUUGCUGCCACAGCCAGGAUGACGAUGCCUGAUACUUGCAAGGAGCAAGACCUGUGCAUUGUCUAUGGGGAACCCAUCAGGCAAAAGCCCAUCAUCCACAAGAGAACGAAGGGUCAGCAGGAAGCCCACCCAGUUGAUGAGGAGGAGGAACCCCUUCCUCAUGGAGGAAGUUGCAGAUCCCCCUGGGAUAUCCCAGUGCAGACAAUUCCUGUUGCUGCUAAGGAGCAGGAUGUGUGCAUUGUGGGUGAGGAAAACAUCUGGUAGAACCCCAACAUCUGCAAGAGAAAGGUGUGUUUGCAGGAAGCCCACUCAGUGGAGGGUCCCGUUCACAGCAAACUAGACUCCAGGGCCCCAGUGAACCUCCAGCUCAGACUGUUGUUGAUGCUGCUAAGGGACAAGACAUCUGAAUUGUAUAUGAGCAAAGUGUUCUACAAAAGCCCACUGUCCAUAUCAGAACUGGGUAUCCUGAGGAAGAGAAGGAUAUAGAUAUGCCUAUUCCUGGCAAAGGAGAUUGGAAAGCCACAUUGCAGCCCACUGUUGGUGCCCCCAAGGAACAAGACAUCUGUGUUGUUUAUGGCAAGAUGGUUAGUCAGAAGCGCAUCAUUCAAGGAAGAGCCUGCAUUGAAUCACAGUCUCCAUCUCCCACCCCUGUGGGAACAGGAACUGACUAAUAAGGAGGACCUUCUAUUUACAUCAAUGUGUUAUUUGAUUGAUUGAUUGAUUGAUUGACUGGUUGCAUUUAUAUCUCUUCUCCCAGGAGGUGCACAUGGAAUUCUCGCAAGAACCCUGCAAGGUAGACUAGGCUGAGAGGCAAUGCCUGGCCCCAGGUUCUCCAGGGAACUUCUGGGCUGAGUGGGGAUUCGAACCCUGGUUUCCCAGGUCCUAAUCCAAUACUCCAUCCUCUACACCACAUUUAUUUUAUGAGCUGUCUGGAGUGCAGCGGGCUGGCAAUGUCAUUGUCUCAAUUCUCCACAAGAAAAGCAAGAAUGAAAAGGAUAACGAUUUCAUACAGCUAUUUCUGUAUAAAUUAGUCUAAAAUCCCUAAGAUCAGCAACACGUUUCCGCACAUUUUUCCCACCUGCUCAAAUUUAUCUGUUUCUCUCUGCAUGCAUUAUUUAAUGAGCAAUGAAGUCUCAGCUGUUAAGGAAGCUUUCCCCACAACCCGGGUACUUGAUAGGCCUCUCCUCUGUGUGGAUUCUCUUGUGUGCUGUGAGGCAGGUCCGUCCCUGGAAGGUUUUCGCAAACACCAAAUUCUUGUACGGCCUUUCUCCGGUGUGGACUCUCUGAUGUGUGAUAAGUUGAACCCAGAUCCUCUUGGGGUGUUAAUGCUGUGAGCCCCUCCACUGUAAGCUCAGGUUUCAUGUAUGUGCGAAUAAACCAUAUAUCUUAAAAGAC